AUGGCGGAACGUACGGCGCCGUGCAAUGUCACCCUUUGGUUGUGUCAUCCGGUUAGGUUGCUAACCGUUUCGCCGCCAGACCGGUCCGACGCCGGGGUGAAUGACAGGCAGCACGGUGUUGAAUUGCUGACGUUUCACCGUGGGUCUUCGGCCGUAUUCGUUCGCCGCCUGGCCGCUCUAGCGACCGAUCGAAAGAAAGAGAGUGUGUCAAGCAGUUUCUCUUUCAGCGUCGUCUGUCCAACGGGUGAAACGAUGGUGCCAGGUAACGGUUCAUGUCUGCUACUGCGAGGUGUCGUGCUGGUUGUUGUGGUGCGCGGUUUGUGA